ACCACAGACUCGGUCCCAUAGUGCACCGCGGGCAAGCCAAGAUGGAGGAUUUAAUGGUGGAGGUGCGCGGCUCUAAUGGAGCCUUUUAUAAGGCAUUUGUGAAGGAUGUGCAUGAUGAGGCUUUAACUGUUGCUUUUGAAAACAACUGGCAACCUGAGCGGCAGAUUCCUUUCCAUGAUGUUCGAUUUCCACCACCAGCAGACUAUCACAAAGACAUUAACGAAGGUGAUGAUGUUGAGGUGUAUUCUCGAGCAAAUGAAAAAGAACCUUGUGGCUGGUGGUUGGCAAAAGUUAGAAUGAUGAAGGGUGAAUUUUAUGUUAUAGAAUAUGCCGUCUGUGAUGCCACUUUCAAUGAAAUAGUUACAGUGGAGCGGCUACGACCUAUUAACCCUAAUAAACCUGCAACAAAAAGCACAUUCCACAAAGUAAAACUUGAUGUUCCAGAUGACCUGAGGCGUGUAUGUGCCAAUGAAUCUGCACAUAAGGAUUUUAAAAAGGCUGUUGGCGCUUACUGUGUGUACUUUGAUUCAGAAAGUAAUCAACUAAUUGUUUUGUCAACCAACGAAAUGACAGCAAAGCGAGCAAGCAUGUUGAGUGACAUGCAUUUCAGAAGCAUCCGGACGAAGUUGACUCUGAUGUUGAGAAAUGAAGAAGCCAGCAAGCAGCUGGAGAGCUCCCGACAGCUUGCGUCACGCUUCCACGAGCAGUUUGUUGUACGAGAAGAUCUCAUGGGUCUUGCCAUCGGUACGCAUGGAGCCAACAUCCAGCAAGCUAGGAAAGUGCCAGGCGUCACUGCAAUCGAACUGGAUGAAGAGACUUGCACUUUCCACAUCUACGGUGAGGACCAGGAGGCAGUCAAGCAAGCCAGAAAUUAUCUCGAGUUUACAGAAGACUCUGUACAAGUACCAAGAAAUCUAGUAGGAAAAGUAAUAGGCAAAAAUGGAAAGCUCAUACAAGAAAUUGUAGACAAGUCAGGAGUUGUCCGUGUGAGAAUCGAAGGAGAUGGUGACAAAAAGAUUCCACGUGAAGAGGGCAUGGUUCCAUUUGUGUUUGUUGGAACAAAGGAGAGCAUAAGCAAUGCACGUGUUCUAUUGGACUACCAUCUGAACUAUUUAAAGGAGGUUGACCAGCUACGCAUGGAACGCUUACAGAUUGAUGAGCAACUUCGGCAGAUGGGUGCAGGAUUGAGGACCCCUGCAAACCGUCCCGACAAAGAAAGGGGCUACUCGACCGAUGAAAGUACAAGUUACUUGCGCGGGGGCAGACCUUACAGUAGUCGAGGGCGUGGCAGACGCGGUCCAGGCUAUGCAUCAGGUAAUAACUCUGAGGCAUCCAAUGCCUCCGAGACUGAAUCUGAGCACAGAGAUGAGCUGAGUGAUUGGUCACUGGCGCCAACAGAUGAAGAAAGGGAACCAUACUCACGCCGGGGUGACAGCCGCAGGAGAGGGAGUGCUGGCCGUGGCCGUGGUGGAGGUCGUGGCCGUGGGAGCAACAAAAAUCCGUCAGCAACUUCAGAUGAAUUCUUGAGGGCAGACAUCCGUAAACGCAACUCAUCAAGAGAUUCAAAAACCAGGACGACAGAUGGCUCAUUGCAGAUUGGGAAGCCUCUAUAUGGGGAAUCACAGAUCAGAAUUGACAGCAAUAAUGAAAGGAGUGUCGUGACAAAAGCUUCCCACAGCCCAAAUGUUUUCAGUGAGAGCACUCGACAGCGUGUGGGCAAGGAGCGUGCUCAGAAAAAGGAGAAGCCAGAGAGUCCCACAGAAAACCAGCAAGUCCUGGUCAAUGGAGUAUCUUAAAUCUCAUUCCUGUAAAGUGACGUUCUCUCUAAAUUUCCAUUCAUUAACCAUACAAACCGGAUGCUUACAUGUCAUUUAGAGAAACCUAUUAGGCCAAAGACAUGAAACUCAUUUGUGCACAAUUGAUGCACAUGGUCCACAUUGUCUUUUGGUGGACAGGUGGAACACUUGUGAUGUAACCAUUUUCAUUUCACUUAGCAAAACUCCUUUUUAAAGAAAAGAUUUACAACAGAGUAUAUUGUUUGAUCUGUGCCUUCAAUAUAACUUGCCAGAAGGGGGUAACCUUACUAUAGUUGCAGAAAUCAGGGAAGCUAAAUGAGCAGAAGACAGUUGCAUUGUAUUAUACAUCUAUGUAGAUAAAAAGUGUGGUUAAAUAUUGGGGAAUCUUUACAGAAGAAUGCAUGCUUUUCAUGAUUUCAUGAUUUUCCUUAUAUAUGCAUCUAGCUGAACAGUAAAGGAUCAGAAAUCCUUGCACUGAAGUUUGUAUGGCAUUGAUCAGACUGUGGGAGGGCACUUUUUUCUUUACACCUCUGCAUUUGAUGUACAAGAGUAAAUGUAAAGAAUUAAAUAGUGUACUGUUUGAAAGGCAUAAAAUGCCUGAAGAUUGUUGCCAAACUGAUGAUUUGUAGUUAUUUAUUUUUGGGAAUGUACAGUAUUUGGGGAGGAAAAAGCUUUGUUUAUGUACCUGUCCACUAUGGGCUAUUGUGUUAACUUAGUGUAGAUGAUUAACAAAGGUAGAUUGACCUUACAGUAUAUGAAUCUGCAACAGGGGCAAUAUUUUUCUCUGUACAUAGUAGUGAAAACAAAUAAUUUGGUUUUAUGUUGAUAUUGUUUGGUUGAAGUGCAAUAUAUUUUGUAUGCAAGCAGUUUCAAUUAAUAAAGUUUGAUCUUCCUCUGCUGACUGUAGGACAAAAUUUACUUCCUGCUAAUUUGCCACCAUACAAUUUAAUUGUAGUGGUUAUUAAAGGAAAUGACAGAACAUGAUGUUGCAGUAUAUAAAUUACAAGGCUUGCAUUGUUUUUUUAUUCCGUUUUCAUUGUCAUAUGUUAUUUGGUUGUACAAGUCAUUAUAAUUUUCAGAACUACAUUGCCCCAAAGUUUGGUGACAGUCGUGAAAUCAAAACCAUCUGUGUCACCAUCGCUAUUUUUCUGAAACUGGUGCAAAUUCUAGAAUCUGCACAUGCAUAAUUGAACACAAAAAUCCCAUAGUUACUCUGGUUCGGUGCCAUUCUGCAGAUGGUGUAAUGUUGAAGUAUCCCUCAAUUACAAUUAAUUGGAAAUCACUGAAGUGAUAAAAACUUGUCGUUUUUAUGCUAUUUUGCAUUAAAAUCCCUUGACAAAUGCACAGAAUGAGAAUCCUUGUAGAAUGAGGUGCAGUUGGGUAUUAAAUGGCACACUAAGUUCAUAAUAAUUGCUGAAAACCCUGAUAGUGCAAACUUAUAUUUGUGGAAUGUUAAAUUUCGUAUUCUUUAAAGAGUUGUUUAUGAUUCUAUAGCUUCUAAUUUAAUUCCAUGUGUAUUGUUUUCUGUCAAGUUCAAUUAAAAGUGAAGGAUAAUCAGUG